AUGUUCCGGACACGGCUGAGGAUACCGCGACAAGCCCUGGGCGCGGGCCUGGGCCUGCGAGCGACGGUCAACGCUCGGAGAAGGCUGCACCAGGUGCCCUCGCUGCCGCACGAUUACGCCGAGGGCGUCCCCAAUCUCAUGAGCGCCGGCGGCUUUGCCGUCGCCUGGACAGACUACAUGUCGUUGAUGGUCGAGAAGCUCAACGCCUUGACAGCCGGUACCGAGCUCGAAGACAAAGACACCAAGACCAUUGCCCUCCUGACCGCUCGCGAGCCCAACCAAGCACCCACUUUCAACUAUGCCUCCAUGGCCCACAACAAUCACUUCUUCUUCCAGGGCAUCUCCCCCACCGGCUCACCGAUGCCCGACGUCCUCCGCCUCGAACUCGAGGCCUCCUUCUCCUCCAUCGAGACUCUCCGCCGCGAGUUCGUCUUCACCGCCUCCGCCAUGUUUGGUCCGGGUUUCCUCUGGCUUGUCAAGGCCGGCCCCGGCGACUACCGCCUCCUCCCAACCUACCUCGCCGGAUCCCCGUAUCCCGGCGCACAUUGGCGCGCCCAGUCGGCUGACAUGAACACUCUUGGAAACGAUGGAACCGCCAAGACCUACUUCCGCAACCAGGCCUUUGGCGCCCGGAGGCGGACCGGCGACCUCCCCCCCGGCGGCAUCGAGCUUGAGCCCCUGCUUUGUCUCAACACCUGGGAGCACGCCUGGCUUCUCGACUGGGGCGUCGGCGCUGGAGGCAACGGCGGGAAGAUGGCCUUUGCUGAAGCUUGGUGGAACCUCAUUGACUGGGAGAAGGUGGCCCAAAAGUCGGGCGUGCUCCGGCCUGACUUCAAGUCGGCAACGACUCCGUGA